GAUAAGAUCUCUCGCCAUCGCUGUGUCCCCCGCGCGCUCUCUCUCUCUCUCUCGUGGGGGUCGCAGAGGGAAAGUAAAAGGAGGUCACGAGGGGGCUAUCGCCAUCGCCGAAGCUCCUCCCAAUCCCAAACCCUAACCCGAGAUAAAGGAAAUAAAGAGGAGGAGGAAACGAGAGAGAUCUAAGGCCGAGAGCGAGGCGGACGGAGGGGAAAGGGGGGAAGAGAGAGAGGAGAGGGUUGUCACGUGGUCGGAGCUCACGGGCAGUCUAUAUCGGCCACCCAUCCUCGGCUUUCUGAUCCACUGGCCCGAUCGGAUCGAGGGAGGGAAGGGGUAGCUGGGGGGUAUUUUGAGCUCCGGGGUGGGGGGGGGGUGUUGGUGAUGUGAGAGCGGGGACAGGAUUGGGGGAUCAUGGAUCGUGCGGCGCUGACGGUCGGGCCGGCGAUGGAUCUGCCGAUAAUGCACGACAGCGACCGGUACGAGCUGGUGAGGGACAUCGGGUCCGGGAACUUCGGGAUCGCAAGGCUGAUGAGGGAUAAGAAGACACGGGAGCUGGUGGCGGUGAAGUACAUCGAGCGGGGCGAGAAGAUUGAUGAAAAUGUUCAGCGAGAGAUAAUUAACCACAGGUCUUUGAGGCACCCUAAUAUUAUUAGGUUCAAAGAGGUUAUUCUAACUCCAACCCAUUUGGCUAUUGUCAUGGAAUAUGCUUCUGGUGGUGAGCUUUUUGAGCGCAUUUGCAAUGCUGGCCGCUUCAGUGAGGAUGAGGCUCGCUUUUUCUUCCAGCAGCUUAUAUCAGGAGUUAGCUAUUGCCACUCUAUGCAAGUAUGUCACCGUGAUUUAAAAUUGGAGAACACCUUGUUGGAUGGAAGCGUGGCUCCUCGUCUGAAGAUAUGUGAUUUUGGGUAUUCCAAGUCAUCUGUUCUGCAUUCACAACCAAAAUCAACUGUUGGAACUCCUGCAUACAUUGCUCCUGAAGUGCUACUCAAGAAGGAAUAUGAUGGCAAGAUUGCUGAUGUGUGGUCUUGUGGAGUGACUUUAUAUGUGAUGUUGGUGGGAGCAUAUCCUUUUGAGGAUCCAGAAGAGCCCAAAAACUUCCGAAAGACAAUACAGCGUAUAUUAGGAGUUCAGUAUUCAAUUCCAGACUAUGUCCACAUAUCUCCUGAGUGCCGACAACUGAUCUCAAGGAUUUUUGUUGGCAAUCCUGCUAUGAGGAUAACAAUCCCUGAGAUACAAAAUCAUGAGUGGUUCUUGAAGAACCUUCCUGCUGAUCUGAUGGAUGACAACACGAUGAGCAACCAAUAUGAGGAGCCUGACCAACCCAUGCAGAGCAUUGAUGAGAUAAUGCAGAUUAUAGCUGAGGCAACCAUCCCUGCAGCUGGCACUCGUGGGCUGAACCCAUAUUUGACAGGCAGCAUAGACCUUGAUGAUGACAUGGAGGAUCUUGACUCUGAUCCGGAGCUUGAUGUGGACAGCAGUGGGGAGAUAAUCUAUGCAAUGUGAGUGUGGUUGGCCUGGUUGCCAAGAUGCACUGUUAUCUUUAGCAUAAGAUGGAAGCAUCGAAUCAGGAUGUUCGAUAUACCUGGUUGGCAGAGACAGUCUAUCCCACUUACAUCCUUCCUCAGCCUUAAGGGGGCAUGUAUUUAUCUAGAGUACACAACCUUGAUGCUGUAUGCGUGUCAUGUCUGCAGGUUUGGAGAAGUCCUCUCUCUGCUGGUUCUGUUUAUUUAUUCCCCUGCUUGUUGUUUAUUAUCUGUUAUAAUGGUACUUAUCACGCUUGCCUUUCAGUUUUUUUCUGGUAAACAAGGUAUGUAAUCACCCAUUGCUGGGUUUUAUGCUGCUUUAAAACUCCACUCACUGCAACCGUACUUUUAAAGAAAAUUCUUACUGACAGUGGUUGCAUUAUGUAAAAAUUUUCUCAUCUGUUGAUCC